GGUGCAUACAGGGUCGACGUCGGUGGCAUUUACGUUACAGUCACGAACGUCGACGAUGGAGGUGGAAGAGGCGCACGAGUACAGACGUCGUGCGCGUACUGGCGACGUAUAGCAGCGGACAGGUGAUAAGGUUGCGAAGAGCAUAUGGCCGAUCUAAGCAAGUACGGCCGCGGAGGCUCGGAUGAGGAGGACGAAGAGGAAGAGGAAGUCGAGGAGAGCGGCUACAAGACUGUCAAAGAUGCCGUACUCUUUGCGAUCGAUGUCAGCGAGAGUAUGCUGCGCAAGCCUGCCGAGGGUGACCCGAAGAAGCCAGAUACUACAUUAUCACCAACUCUGGCGGCCUUGAAGUGCGCAUAUGCGCUCAUGCAACAGCGUAUCAUUAGCAAUCCGAACGACAUGAUGGGCAUCUUGCUGUUCGGCACAGAGAAAAGCAAGUUCCAGGAUGGCGAUGAAUCGGGGCGUGGCGGACUCCAAUAUCCGCACUGCUACCUGCUAACCGAUCUGGAUGUGCCUGCGGCAGCGGACGUGAAGCAACUGCGAAGUCUGGUAGAGGAUGAGGCAGAGUCCAGCGACUUGCUUGUGGCGAGCAAGGAGGAAGUCAGCAUGGCCAACGUUCUGUUCUGCGCCAACCAGAUCUUCACCACGAAAGCCCCCAACUUCUCAUCAAGGCGUCUCUUCCUCGUCACGGACAAUGACUACCCGCACGCAUCAAACAGAGAUGCUCGAAACAGUGCUGCCGUGCGUGCAAAGGAUCUCUACGAUCUUGGUGUUACAAUCGAGCUUUUUCCUAUCUCUCACCCAAACCGCGGCUACACCUUCGAUCGUAGCAAGUUCUACAACGACAUUGUUUACUCGUCCAUGCCUUCGGACCCGGAUGCGCCCGCUCCAUUGACCGCGGACAUCAAGGCUGCAAGCUCUACCGCUAAGGAUGGUAUAAGCUUGUUGCAGUCUCUAUUGUCGUCUGUUCAGUCACGGUCCGCAAUGCGGAGAGCGCAGUUCAGUAACAUGCCGUUCGAGAUCGGGCCAGGCUUCAAAAUCAGUGUGAAGGGCUACAUCCUGGUACGGCGCCAGGAACCCAAGCGAACCGCUUACAUCUAUCUGCCUCCCGACACCGACAAGCCCCAGAUUGUGAGCAGCCACGGCACGCUAGUAGCAGACGACACAGCCAGAACGGUCGAGAAGGCGGAGGUUAGACGGGCGUUCAAGUUCGGUGGCGAAACUAUUAGCUUCAGUGAAGAGGAGCUUGCCAAAAUCAAGCAUUUUGGCGACCCUGUCCUUCGCAUUAUCGGAUUCAAGCCGCUCGACAUGCUACCUAUUUGGGCGCACGUGAAGCAAAACUACUUCAUCUACCCGUCUGAGGAAGAUUACGUAGGCUCGACUCGUGUCUUUUCAGCGUUGCAUCAGAAGCUGCUGAAAGACCAGAGAAUCGGAAUCGCGUGGUUUAUACCGCGGCGCAACUCUACGCCAGCCUUAGUUGCUCUCAUUCCCGGGCGCGAGCACCGGAGUGAGGAAGGCGAGCAAACUUUGCCGCCCGGUAUCUGGAUCAAGCAUCUUCCCUUCGCAGACGACAUUCGUGAGCCGCCGCAGACGGAGGUGGUAAAGGCACCGGAUCCGCUCAUAGACGCCAUGCGUGUUGUAAUACAACAGCUUCAGCUCCCCAAAGCGAUCUAUGACCCACGUAAAUAUCCCAAUCCGGCUCUGCAGUGGUUCUACCGCAUCUUGCAGGCUCUGGCGCUGGAAGAGGACUUGCCGGAGCAAGCAGAAGACAAAACGUUACCGCGCUGGAAACAGAUCCACAAGCGAGCCGGUCAGUAUGUCGUGGACUGGGGUCGGCUAUUAGAAGAACAUUACCGCUUAUGGCAACGAGAGAAUGACCGCGGACCCAAGACUAUGACUAACGGGUCGACGAAGCGGUCUGGCGGCGCUGCUCCACCCUCGUCGGCUGGGUUAACGAAGAAGGUAAAGAGAGAGGCUGAGGAGGGUGGCGGUGGGCUUACGGAUGAUGAACUGAGGGCGGCGUAUGCGAAGAAUGCCGUGAACAAGUUUACGGUGGCACAGCUGAAGGAAUGGAUGGCUGGAAAGGGUGGCCUAGGAAAAGGGCUGACGAAGAAGGCUGACAUCAUCGAAGCUGUCAUUGGGUGGUUCGAGACGAAGAUGGAGGUUGAUUGAGAAGAGUACCUAACUCUCUGAUGAUGACGAUAAUGCCGCCAAUGUUGCUGAGCUUAGCGUAGGAGUUCGGUGCGUGCUUGGAAAUGGUUUGCUUCGUCUGACACAGUUGCAUGCUCGC